UGGAGCAGAGCGGAGUGUAGAGAACAGGCACACAGACUCUGGAAAGGAUCUCAUGCUUUAAAGAGGGCAUGACGUAAUCUGUGAUUUCACCUGGGUGGAUUUGUGCUUAAACCUCCUGUUUGAAGGAUAUCAUUGGAUAUAAAUUCCUUUUCAUCAAGAAGGAUUGGUGAAAGAUGGACAUGGUAAACAUCAAUUGUACAUCACCCGUGUGAAAAAACAAGACAACAUUAUCAAAGCUCCUUGAGGUACACUGUGAUUCAUAUUUUAGGGUCUUUGUCCAUGUAGCAAAGCAACUUUUAAGACAACACUCUUAUGUACUAAAGCUGGAAGGAUCCAAGUCUGAAAAGCUUUGGAUAGUUAAAAAGACCACUUUUGGUUGUAUUGAGUUUCUGGAUUGCACCGAGAAAGACCAGAGAGUUUGUCAUUCUCCUCUCCCAUACAUUCAUCACUAUUUUGGAUCUUGUUAAUGUUGCCAAUACCACAAAUGCAACAGCAUCAGAUGACGGGCAGGAUGCCUCAGGGAGAAGUUAUUUAGAACCAAACCAUCUUCCAAACCAGAACAAGUCUUGCACCUUUCAAAGCAGCUUACAAGAACUUACCAGAAGCACAAGCUAAAGAAGAGUAGAGCAUUAUAACCAUCGUCUGCUCCAAACAUCUCAAUAUGUUUGCCCCAACAACAGCCCUGCCUCCACCUUCACCCCUCUUAACAGGAAGUGCACUGCCUGUGCCUGGUGCGCCAUCUACAGGCCCCUACAUAGAGCAGGAUAUGCUGCGACAGGAGUUAAAUUCUCGCUUCCUGGCCUCCCAGACUGUCGAUCAAGGUGGCGCACUGGCCCCUCCAGCCUACCUGCGCACAGAGUUCCACCAGCACCAGCACACACAUCAACACACACAUCAGCAUACCUUCACACCCUUUCCCCAAUCCAUCAUAUCCAGCCCAACAGCACCACUGGUGCGUAACCCUGCCAGACAACUUGACAAAUACCCAGCUAAAGUGGACACCUUUCAAAAACACAGUUUGGUCCCAUCCUAUCCAUCAGUAAUGACUGGAAUACCUCCAAUGGUUCCACCUGCUGGACCAUUCAGCUCUCUCCAGGGAGCUUUUCAACCCAAGGCUUCCAACCCAUUAGAUGUGGUGCCAAGACCAGGAUCCGUGCUACACCAACUUAUACAGAAGGAGUCCAGAAAACCUGGGAAGUGGUGUGCAAUGCAUGUCCACAUUGCAUGGCAGGUUUACCAUUAUCAGCAAAAAAUAAAGAAACAGAUGCAGACUGAGCCACAUAAGCUAGACUUUAGGUUUAAGCCUGAGUUUCUGAAUCGAUCGUCUAGUUCGAACUUCCUGGGUUUGAUACAGCAGCCACGUGACUUACCCCGACCCUCCACUGUCCUCUCCAAUGCAGGCCCCACACAUCCUUUAGGUUCACCCUAUGGACCCUUAUCGCACACCCCCAACAUCCUCCACAGUCUAGUCCCCCAUCACGAGUCUUCUAAUAAGCCACUGUCCUUUGGAGGUCUAAGGACACUGAGUACAUCUGCUUUUGGAGGACUAGGAAACCCAGCACUAACACCGAAUGCAGCACAUGGGACUAAAGAUGGUAAAACGAUUCCAACCCCAAAUGGGCCACAGGAGCACUGGAACAGACUGCAACAGACCCCCUCAUCUUUCCCCACACCCCUUCUGUGUCCAAAGACAUCUGAAUCUGAGAGAGCUCCAUCUGUACCAGACAGAGCAUCAAAUAAGAGAGACUCUAUAAUCAACAAAGAUGAUCUGGAAAGGGAACCAAAAGAGCCAAAUGGGAAACAUUUGUCCCCUAUCAGAAAGAGUGCACUGGAUAACAAACAAUCAACAGCGUCCUUUAAAGGCCCUUCGCCAGAUGAGCCAAAGGAUGAGGACGAGGUGAGAGAGAAAACGCAUGCAAAGGAGCCCCUGCAACAAACCCGAGGAACUGAUGAACAGAGGCACAAAGAGAUCCAAAGUUACAAAAGAGGAAAGGACGUGGAGAGUGAGCACCAUGCCACUGAAGACAAACCUGCAGGAAAGGAGAGUUCAUCACCAAAACAACAUAGAGAAAAUAUUAAGCGACCAAGUAGUGAUAUUCAGCACUGGGAGCCAGCUGAGAAGAAGAGCAGAGUUGAGUAUGAACCUCAUGGAAAGACCAGCAAGGUGAAGGUCAAGGAGGAGAAGAGAGAUGAUCAGGACCAGGAUGUUACAACCAUUCAAAAGAGUGUGGAAAAACCCUGGCAUGGUCCCAGAAUGCCUGGUAUGAACCCUUCACCUCUCUCAACUCUUCCUUUGCCUAUUGGAAUUGCCGGUGGACACCCCGGUCUUGACAGGACUAGGCUAGUCUCACCUUUCCUGGGAAUGGGUCCAUUCCCUGGAGCCGAGAGGCUGCCUUACUCCCCGCAACAUUGGGAGACCAUGCGAAACAUCUACAGGGGAUUAGACCUUCCUCGGAGAGACUCCAUGGGCAAGGAUCUCUUGAUGAGAACUGACCCACUGCAACGUGCGAUGAUGGGCCACCCUUCUUACCCACGGGAGCCAUUCCUGCAGUUCAUGGCCCUGGAGCAGAGGAGUCAACUGGAGGAACGACAGCGUAUGGCCUUCUUGAGGGAAGAGAGUGAGAGGAGCCGCCUGCUGGCCAUGCAUCAUACUGCACUGGAUCCUCACCUACCUCCACCAGGGGUUCUCAGGACAGCUUACAUCAACACAGGGCUCCCACACGGCCCUCAUUACGGUUCUCUCAGUAGGACUCUACAUAAUGCCUAUGUGCAUGCCCAACCACACCCACUUUUCCCAGUGCUGGCUGCACGGCCGGGGUCUCCGAGAAGGAUGACCCCUCUUAUAGAGAGACCUGCAUUCCACCCACACAAAGACACUGAGGCUCGGUGAACUGAACAAUAUCUGGAUUGACAGAUUCGGCCUAUAUCAAGCACUUGAUGUGUAUUCAUGAAAUGUACAGUGGUGAAAGUCUUGAGAUAAUAUUUCUUUUUUGUCAAAAAAUAUUAAAAUUAAU